GAGGCAGCGACCAACUACACUUCCCAACGCUCUUAAGCAACGGAAAUGACGUAAAGAGCAGAGAGUGUUGGAGGGUUCGGGUAAAAAUGGCUGAAUAUUUAGCUUCGAUAUUCGGGACUGAAAAGGACAAGGUUAACUGCUCUUUUUACUUUAAGAUCGGGGCCUGCCGGCACGGGGACCGGUGCUCCCGGCUUCACAACAAACCGACUUUCAGCCAGACCAUAGUGCUGCUCAACCUGUACCGGAAUCCACAGAACACCGCCCAAACCGCAGACGGAUCGCACUGUCACGUGAGCGACGUCGAGGUGCAAGAACACUAUGAUAACUUCUUCGAGGAGGUGUUCACGGAGCUGCAGGAGAAGUACGGGGAGAUUGAAGAGAUGAAUGUGUGCGACAACCUGGGGGACCACCUCGUGGGCAAUGUCUAUGUCAAGUUUCGGCGUGAAGAGGAUGCAGAGCGGGCAGUGGCUGAACUCAAUAACCGCUGGUUCAACGGGCAGGCUGUGCAUGCUGAGCUGUCUCCUGUCACCGACUUCCGGGAGUCAUGCUGCCGGCAGUAUGAGAUGGGGUAUGGUAGUAUGGGGGUGGGAUGGGCACCUGGAGUCCCAGACUCCUGUGUGUUGGGGUGCUGUCAUUGCCAACAGCCUCGUCCAUCCAUCCAUCCUCUACCCAGGGAAUGUACCCGCGGGGGCUUCUGCAACUUCAUGCACCUGCGGCCCAUCUCUCGGAACCUCCGACGUCAGCUGUAUGGGCGGGGACCCAGGCGCAGGUCACCCCCGAGGUCCCAUACCGGCCACCGUCCCCGAGAAAGAAACCGACGACGUUCCCCAGACCACCGGCAUGGCCGCUUCUGAGACCCUGGCUCCCUUAAUCUCCACCCUUGACAGGCGUAAAUGUUCCUGACCAGGACCCCUCCUGAAAGCUCCCUUAACCCCCCAGUGCCAUCUUCCCCAGGCUCCGGGGCUCCGUGAUGUAAUCUGUUCAACACAGGGACCUUCUCUUACCACCCCUCCCCUAAUAAAGUUCUGUAUUGAGGGUUUAGAACCUGUUAGCUUGAGCCUAGCUGUGGGCUGGAGUUUCCUUCCACCCCCACAUCUCCUGACGAAAGGGGAAGCGGGCUGGGCUCUGGCCACAACUUUUGCUGUAGAACUUCCAACAGGUGGGAGAGCAGCAGGCUCAGGGCCCAAGGCUCUAGAAACCCCUCAGUGGGACUGGUUGGGGUGGGGACACCUCUGUGCUGGGAACCUCAGCACGGCUCUCUCUGGCAUCUCAAGGGGGAGGCGCCUGGUUGUGGCAGGUUGGAGGAUUCCCAGCCGGGAGGAAAUUGGGUUUAGGGAGCCAAGGUAAGGUUACUGGGAGUUGAGUGGGAGUCUCCAGAGGGUGAGGUCUGGGUCCUCCUUAUCAGCUGCCCUGACAUGGGAGUUGGAAAUAACCUACUACUUAAGCUUACCAUAUGCCAGGUGCUGUUCUAAGUGCUUUACUUCAAGCAGUGAUGUUAAUUCUUCACAAUAAACCUCUGAGACAGGUACUGUCAUCCCGUUUUAGGGAUGAGAAAAGAGGUAAGGAAGAUGGCAGAGGUGGGAUAUGAAUCCGAUCAUUGUGGUUCCGGACUCCUCAUUCUAGCCAUCUUGAGGUCUUGGUGGCCCUUCUGAUAAUGGGCCAGGAGCUGGACUAGGGGCUGGGGGUA